AUGCAGGGCACCCACAGAGGAGGCGUGGGCCCUGGGCUGUCCCCUGUGGACAGCCGGACGCUUCUGGUCUGCAGCUUUAUCCUGGCAGCAGCUUUGGGCCAAAUGAAUUUCACAGGAGACCAGGUUCUUCGAGUCUUGGCCAAAAAUGAGAAGGAGCUUUCACUUCUCAAGGAGCUGGAAGGCCUGAAGCCCCAGAAGGUGGACUUCUGGCGAGGCCCAGCCAGGCCCAGCCUCCCUGUGGAUAUGAGAGUUCCUUUCUCUGAACUGACAGACGUCAAAGCUUAUCUGGGAUCUCACGGCCUUGCUUACAGCAUCAUGAUAAAGGACGUCCAGGUGCUGCUGGAUGAGGAGAGAGAAGCCAUGGCGAAAUCCCGCCGGCUGGAGCGCAGCACCAAUAGCUUCAGUUACUCCUCCUACCACACCCUGGAGGAGAUAUAUAGCUGGAUCGACAACUUUGUAACUGAGCAUUCAGAUAUUGUCUCAAAAAUUCGGAUUGGCCACAGCUUUGAAAAUCGGUCCAUUCUUGUCCUGAAGUUCAGCACUGGAGGUUCUCAGCGCGGGGCCAUCUGGAUUGACACUGGAAUUCACUCCCGGGAGUGGAUCACCCAUGCCACUGGCAUCUGGACUGCCAAGAAGAUUGUCAGUGAAUAUGGCAAAGACCGCAGCCUGACGAACAUAUUGAACGCCAUGGACAUCUUCAUGGAGAUCGUCACCAACCCCGAUGGGUUUGCUUUUACCCACAGCAUGAACCGCUUGUGGCGGAAGAACAAGUCCACCAGACCUGGAAGUUUCUGCAUUGGUGUGGACCUUAACAGGAACUGGAAGUCAGGUUUCGGAGGAAAUGGUUCUAACAACAACCCCUGCUCAGAGACUUAUCGUGGGCCCUCCCCUCAGUCAGAGCCAGAGGUGGCUGCCAUUGUGGACUUCAUCACGGCCCAUGGGAACAUCAAGGCUCUGAUCUCCAUCCACAGCUACUCUCAGAUGCUCAUGUACCCUUAUGGCCACUCACUGGAGCCUGUUUCAAACCAGAAGGAGCUGUCCAAACUUGCCAAGGACGCGGUACGGGCCCUAUCUGAGGUCCAUGGGAUCCAGUACAUCUAUGGCAGCAUCAGCACCACCCUCUAUGUGGCCAGCGGGAUCACCGUGGACUGGGCCUAUGACAACGGUAUCAAGUACUCCUUCAGCUUCGAACUCCGGGAUACUGGGCACUAUGGCUUCCUGCUGCCGGCCUCGCAGAUCAUCCCCACGGCCCAGGAGACAUGGAUGGCGAUUCGGACCAUCAUGGAGCACACUCAGAACCACACCUACUAGCAACGCUACAGAUCGGGAGGGUUUGUCCUCCUCCCCAAGGCCCGGGGUCCCUCCUGAAACCCAAGUUAUGCAUUCCCUUGCCCACCCCCCU